AUGGCGAAGCACCCAAGGAUGAUCUUGUACCUUGACAAAGUCCAGGAGUUGUUGAAGGCGUUUCCUACCUUCACCAUCCAACAAGUACCCCGGGCAGAGAACGCACAUGCAGAUGCGCUAGCCAGUCUAGGGUCAGCGUUGGAUACCCAGUUCAGACGCUCCAUCCCAGUCGAACACCUUGACCGGCCAAGCAUUGAAGAGGUAGAGCCAAUCGACACCAUGCGAAUUGACGAAGACCCCAGCUGGCAAGACCCCAUCAUUGACUACUUAGUGAAUGGAAACCUACCCGCGGACAAGUCCGAGGCUAGGAAGGUCCAGCAGAAGGCCGCGAGAUACUACAUGCACGACAACAAGCUCAUCCGCAGAUCAUACUCCGGCCCUCACCUUACCUGCAUAAAAUACCCUCAAACACUUGAGGUCCUCUGCAAAAUUCACGACGGCGAGUGUGGCAACCACUCUGGGGGCAGGUCACUCGCCCAGAAGGCUCUAAACAUAGGCUACUUCUGGCCUACCAUGCGCCACGACUCCGCUGAAUAUGUCAAAAAGUGUGAUCGUUGCCAACGGUACAAGCCGAUUCCUAAUUUGCCUGCCGAAGUUUAUCAUCCGCAAAACAGUCCAUGGCCAUUCAUGCAAUGGGCCAUCGACUUAGUGGGUCCCUUGCCACCGGCGCCCGCCAAGAAAGAAAUGAUGAUCGUCGCCACCGACUACUUCACUAAAUGGAUCGAGGCUGAAGCUCUAUCCUCUACUAAAGAAGCCGAUGUGGAGCGAUUCAUCUGGAGAAACAUCAUAUGCCGAUUUGGCUGCCCACAAUCGCUGGUCACUGAUAAUGGCUCACAGUUCAUUGGCAAGCAUAUCACCGCCUUCUUUGCGAAAUACAAGAUCAAACAACACCUGUCAACUCCGAGGUAUCCACAAGGAAAUGGGCAGGCCGAGGCAUCCAACAAAGUCAUAUUGGACUGCUUGAAGAAGAGGCUAGAAGGCGCCGAAGGAAAAUGGGUGGAUGAACUCCCUGGAGUACUAUGGGCUUAUCGCACCACCAAGCGAAGGUCAACUGGUGAAACCCCAUUCUCCCUCGCCUAUGGGACGGAAGCAAUCAUCCCUCCUCACAUCACAGUCCCCUCUAUAAACCUCGAGGUGGGCAGUGUUGACCAGAACUCCAAGCAAAUGAGGCUCAACCUUGACCUACUUGAGGGCGAACGUGAGAAGACCAUUAUCCGAGUCGCCUCCUACCAGCAGCAGUUGAAGUCGUACUACGACAAAAGAGCUAAGGUCAGACAGUUUCAACCAGGCGACCUCGUGCUAAGAAAGGCUUUCAUCACCGCACCAAGACAAGGGUCGAAAAAGAUGAAUCCCAACUGGGAAGGCCCUUAUGUGAUCAGCCGGUCCGGGGGCAGAGGAAGCUACACAUUGGACACCAUGGAUGGGAAGCAAAUACCACGACAAUGGAAUGUUCACCAUCUCCGAAAUUUCUCAUUCCAAAAUGUCUUAUCUGCCUACAAAACACAAGCAGUUGCCCAUAAGCAGCGUCCUAAGGGAGACGCAGGGCGACGACCAAAGCGUCCUUCGGGAGACGCAGCCCGUAAAAAGCGUCCUAAGGGAGACGCAGGGUGCGCCAGGAAUUUCUUAAAAGGAGGUCUCCAUGCCUUCUGCGGGAAGUAUCCAGGUUCCUAUCCGUUUCCUAAGGGAGGCAGGAUAGACACGCAGUUGCCCAUAAGCAGCGUCCUAAGGGAGACGCAGGGCGACGACCAAAGCGUCCUUCGGGAGACGCAGCCCGUAAAAAGCGUCCUAAGGGAGACGCAGGGUGCGCCAGGAAUUUCUUAA